GUAUUGCUUGGAAAACAUUGUUUUUAUUGUUGAACCUCUCGUCUGUUGAGAAGCAACUACCAUCCCCCCACCAAGUCCACAAGUUUUCCAGCAAAAUGGGAUUGUUCAGGGCUGCCGGCGCCGUCUACAAGCCCGUGGUGCAGAUUGAUCUUGGUCCUGCCAGCAAUGAGUUUUACCUCCAAGCCAAUGUCAAAGCUCCUCGCAUGGCUGGAUUUCUGGUUAAAAUCUUUGCCUGGUUUCUGGAGUCAAGGAUCUUUGGAACGUUGUUGUUGUACAUAUUGAAGAGGAACAAUCUAAUUCACAAGCUUGUUUCGAAUGCAACACUGGAGGAGUCACCUAUGUUUGUUCCCUUGCAUCCUUUCGUGGACCUUAAUGAACAAGAAGUCAAACACAUUGACUCUGAGGCAUCUCCUCCAGAACGAGUUCAGCAUGCAAUAAAUUGCCUUCCCUUAACAUUAGAGAAGUCACUAGAUGAUUUGAAAAGCAGCUGCUUCCGUCGCUGGACAAUAACAGACUAUUCAAGAGCAUACAAUUCUGGAGAGAUAACUCCACGGAUGGUUGCAGAGCGGUUUAUAGAUGCCGUGCGUGAAUCCUCCAGUCAUCCGUUGCCAAUGUCCUUCUUCAUUAACUAUGAUGCUGAAGAUAUCCUAAGGCAAGCUACAGAGUCAACUCUUCGGUAUGAAAGAGGGGAGCCAAUAUCGGCUCUAGAUGGAGUCCCAAUUGCUAUCAAGGAUGAAAUAGAUUGUUCUCCAUAUCCAACUACAGGAGGUACAAAGUGGCUGCACAAGGUUAGAUCUUGCAAAGGCGAUGCAUGCUGUGUUAUGCGCCUCAGAUCCUGUGGUGCUAUAAUUGUUGGGAAGACUAAUAUGCAUGAGCUUGGAGCUGGAACAAGUGGGAUAAAUCCUCACUAUGGGGCUGCUAGAAAUCCAUAUGACCCGAACAAAAUCACUGGUGGUUCUUCUAGUGGAUCUGCUGCAGUAGUAUCUGCAGGAUUAUGCCCUGUCGCCCUUGGUGUUGAUGGGGGAGGGUCUGUGCGGAUGCCUGCAUCUCUUUGCGGUGUUGUUGGGUUCAAACCGACUUUUGGGCGCAUACCUCAUUCAGGUGUUCUUCCUCUGAACUGGACAGUGGGGAUGGUUGGAAUACUAGCAGGCACCUUAGAGGAUGCAUUUAUUGUUUAUGCAGCUAUUAAUGGCCAACUUCCGUCAAAUCAGCCAACCACUUUACCUCCCAAAGCAUAUUUUCCACUGCUGAACUCGACAAAUCUAAUAUCGGACAUCAAAUUUGCAAGAUAUGGAGAGUGGUUCAAUGAUUGCAGCGAUGAAAUCAGAAUUUGCUGCUCCAAUGCUCUGCACUUGCUCUGUGAGCGUUACAAGUGGAAGACUGUAGAGGUUACUAUACCAGAGAUAGAAGCAAUGCGCCUGGCACAUUACAUGACAAUUGGUUCCGAGUGCAGCACUUCCUUGAGUUCUCAUUUGGAAAAGCUGGAUUUUGCAGAAUUAGGAUGGGAUGCAAGAGUAGCACUUAGUGUGUAUGGUGCUUUCAACAGCAAAGAGUAUUUAAAGGCCCAGAAAAUUAGGAACCGUCAAAUGCAGAUUCAUAACAACAUAUUUGCCAAGGCAGAUGUCAUAGUUGCUCCAACAACAGGUGUGACUGCAUACUCAAUAUUUGACGAUGCUCUAAAGACUGGUGAACUUGACUACAUAAAUGGAGCUGCACUUGUUCGAUAUCAGAUAGCAGGAAAUUUUUUGGGACUACCUGCUGUGACUGUUCCAGUUGGUUAUGACAAAGCAGGUUUGCCAAUUGGCCUUCAAUUUAUUGGGAAGCCAUGGUCAGAACCCACGUUAAUGCACAUAGCAUUUGCAAUGCAGGCCUUAAGCAUCUCAGACUACAGAAAGCCAAAGAUUUUCUAUAAUCUACUUAAAUAAGAAGUGAGCAGGGCUGGGAGCCAUCAGAAUCCUUCGGAGGGUAAUCAGACACCCAAGAUUAUUGCUUUCAACAUAGCUUCUUUCUCUUGAUGAAAUGACCUUCUGCACCUAACAGACCAUGGAUAUGUCAAAAUGUGUGAACAGCUUGGAAGUGUGUAUCAGGUCAUUCAUAUCAAUAAUAAACAGACUAAUAGAUUCAGAUUAUCUAUAUAUAUGCAUGUGGGACAUCAAUUGAUCUUCACAAGAUUUAAUUUA